CGCCGCGGGAGCAGCCGGAGCCCCCGGAGCUGCCGGGCCCAGGCGCGGGCACCGCAUCCAGGCCUGCCUUUGAGACAACCUCUGCGGCGGCGGCGCGUGGCCCGCGGACGCCAGGCUGGGGCAGCUCAGGCCUGGCCCAGGCCUCUCCUCUGCUCCUGCCGCGGAGCCUGCCGCCCGGGUCCUCCUGCAGCCAGGGCUCAGGCUAGCUGCCUUCCCUGGGCGCCCUGCCUUGGAGCCAUGGGGCCCACCUAGUCCCCACCUGCCCCGAUGUCCCGGCCCGGGGACUGCUGACCUCGGCUGCUGGGGGAGCCCCCCCCACACCCCCUCGUCAGCCUCAGCAGCCAGAGACCCUGGGUGAAGCCCUGGGCCAGACCCGCAGCCCGGGGCAGCCCCCCACACCCCCCUACCCCUGCCUGCCUCCCCCUCCCGCACCCCUUCCUCCUCCUCCCAGGACUGGACCAGAAAAGCCACUGUGGCCACUGGGGGGGGCCCUGCCCCCCCAGCUCUUGCCGGCCACCCCUAGGAGUCCACGGGGCGGCCGGGGUCCCCACCAGGCCUGGCAGGACCAGGAUGCUGCCCCCUCUCCUUCCCCCCAGCCCCACCCAAUGCCCCCACCCACCCAAACAUCCAGUCUGACUGGAGAAAGCCGGAUGCCCGCUGACCCUGGGCCGGAGGCGGGCAGUGGCUGGCCAGGCCUCCUCAUGUCCUGCCUGAAGGGCCCCCAUGUCAUCCUCAAGAUGGAGGCCAUGAAGAUCGUCCACCCUGAAAAGUUCCCUGAACUACCAGCGGCUGCUCCCUGCUUCCCAUCUGCCCCCCGGCCCACCCCCACUCUGGCACCCAAGCGUGCCUGGCCCUCAGACACAGAGAUCAUUGUCAACCAGGCAUGUGGGGGAGACAUGCCUGCCUUGGAAGGGGCACCCCACACCCCACCCCUGCCACGGAGGCCCCGGAAGGGCAGCGCGGAGCUGGGCUUCCCCCGAGUGGCGCCGGCGGACGAGGUCAUUGUGAAUCAGUACGUGAUUCGGCCUGGCCCCACUGCCUCCACGGCUCCUUCUGUGGCGGCAGCAGGCGGCGAGCCCCUGGAAUGCCCCACCUGUGGGCACACGUACAACGUCACCCAGCGGCGUCCCCGCGUGCUCUCUUGCCUGCACUCUGUGUGUGAGCAGUGCCUGCAGAUUCUCUAUGAGUCUUGCCCCAAGUACAAGUUCAUCUCCUGUCCCACCUGCCGCCGUGAGACUGUGCUCUUCACCGACUACGGCCUGGCCGCACUGGCUGUCAACACGUCCAUCUUGAGCCGCCUGCCGCCUGAGGCGCUGACAGCCCCCAGCGGCGGCCAGUGGGGGGGUGAGCCCGAGGGCAGCUGCUAUCAGACCUUCCGGCAGUACUGUGGGGCUGCGUGCACCUGCCACGUGCGGAACCCGCUGUCCGCCUGCUCCAUCAUGUAGCGCCCACCCGCCCACCGCUGCCCGCUGGUCCUUGCUCGCCGCUCCUUCGGGGACCUGGCCCUGCCCCGCCGCCCGCUGACCCUUCCUCGCCCACCGUGGCUUCUGGCCACACCCUGCGUGGCAUUGUCGCUACAGCCAACUUUGCCAUUAAAACUCUGCCAAAGUUUGCACCUGU